CAACACAUUCACUUCCAUCAAACAAACAAACUCAAGGCACGUUCCUCGCUUCUUAAACAACAACAAAAUGGAGCACUUCUAUCUGACCCUCCUCUUAGGGUUUGUCUCCUUCAUCACUCUUUCUCUCUCCGUGCUCUUUUACCGGCACAGAGCGCAGUUCGUCGGCACCAACCUGCCGCCUGGCAAAGUUGGUUACCCAGUGAUCGGCGAGACCUACCAGUUCCUAGCCACAGGAUGGAAAGGUCACCCGGAGAAAUUCAUCUUCGACCGCAUGACCAAGUACUCCUCCGAAGUGUUCAAGACCUCACUCAUGGGCGAGAAGGCCGCCAUCUUCUGCGGUGCAGCCUGCAACAAGUUCUUGUUCUCCAACGAGAACAAGCUCGUCACUGCAUGGUGGCCCAGCUCAGUCAACAAGGUCUUCCCUUCUUCUUUGGAGACUUCUGCCAAGGAGGAGGCCAAGAAGAUGAGAAAGAUGCUUCCCAACUUCAUGAAGCCCGAGGCUCUCCAGCGAUACAUCGGCAUCAUGGACACCGUCGCCCGACGCCACUUCGCUGAGGGCUGGGAAAACAAGAAGGAAGUUGAAGUCUUUCCCCUCGCCAAGAACUAUACCUUUUGGCUUGCUGCACGGUUGUUUGUGAGCCUGGAGGACUCGGUUGAGAUCGCCAAGUUAGGCGACCCGUUCGCAGUUUUGGCCUCGGGAAUCAUAUCGAUGCCUCUGGAUUUCCCGGGGACUCCGUUUUACAAAGCGAUCAAGGCGUCCAACUUCAUCAGGGAGGAGCUGACGAAGAUCAUCAAGCAGAGGAAGAUAGACUUGGCGGAGGGCAAAGCGUCGCCAACGCAAGAUAUAUUGUCUCACAUGUUGUUGUUGUGCGACGAGCACGGAAGUCACAUGAAGGAACACGAUAUCGCGGAUAAGAUUUUGGGGCUGCUGAUCGGUGGCCAUGACACUGCUAGCGCUACCUGCACUUUUAUUGUUAAGUAUCUUGCCGAGCUUCCUCACAUUUAUGACGAAGUCUACAAGGAGCAAAUGGAGGUCCUAAGCGCAAAAGCACCAGGGGACUUGUUGAACUGGGAUGACCUACAGAAGAUGAAAUACUCAUGGAACGUAGCUCAGGAAGUUCUCAGAUUGGCUCCACCUCUUCAAGGAGCUUUCAGGGAAGCCUUAUCUGACUUUGUCUUCAAUGGUUUCACCAUUCCAAAAGGCUGGAAGUUGUAUUGGAGUGCAAAUUCAACACACAAGAACGCAGCUUACUUCCCGGAACCAUUCAAAUUCGACCCUACAAGAUUCGAAGGAAAUGGUCCAGCACCAUACACGUUUGUGCCCUUUGGAGGAGGUCCUAGGAUGUGCCCCGGCAAAGAGUACGCCCGAUUGGAAAUCCUAGUGUUCAUGCACAACUUGGUGAAGAGGUUCAAAUGGGAAAAAGUUCUUCCCGACGAGCAGAUCGUAGUUGACCCACUGCCCAUGCCCGCCAAGGGACUCCCCGUCCGCCUUUUCCCUCACCCUAAGACAGCCACAACUUAAUUAUCUAGCUAAGCUUAUACUUAAAAGUAAAAAAAAAAAAAAAAAAACCCAUCAAACAAGGCUUUAUUUCUUGGUUAUUGUAUUCGUUCUUCAUAUUUGAUCUCUGUACGCCCAUAGUUUUUUUUAAUGCAAUCACUUCUACUGUAUUAAAAUCUAGACUUGUACCUGGCCACUUGAUGUUCAUGUUUCAAGACAUGAAAAUUGUAUAAUUGAGAAAUUAAGAAUAAACAUGGUAUAUUGUUUACUA